AUUGAAAUCUUAAUACGUAUUACUUAUAGCUUAUAAAUUGUCUAUGAUACCCCGGUCUUGUCCGAUGAUUUGGUGUUUUUAAUUCUUUAAAAUAGAAAUUUGCUAAAAAAACUACUUGUGUUUUUACGGAAUAAAAACCUAUAACUGUAUAUUUUUCCCUUGUGCGUAGCAAUUCCAAUUUUAAAUUUGCUUGCACGAGUCAAUUAAAAUUUCUUUUACAAUUUCCUCUGUGACCUUUGACUUUAUUUGUUCAUAUUCAAUACAGCCACUGUCCAGCAGUUCAUGCUAGCGCAAUAAUUAAGUGAUUCGGUAUUUUUUUAAGAUGGAGCUUGAAAUCCUGAGUGUGUCAGGAUCAAAACCUAUUGGAAAGGUAAAUGUAAACGAUUCUGCCACUGUUAAAGACGUUAAACAGAAGAUUUAUAAAAAUUUAAAGAAAAACCUUUAUCCGGACAGACAAUCAAUAAAAACUGAGUUAAAAGGUAGAUCAUUAAAAGAUGAGGCUACAUUACAAUCUUUAAACAUAGUAAAUGGUGCCAAGCUCUAUCUUCAAGAUCUUGGACCUCAAGUGUCUUGGAAGAAUGUAUUUUUAGCUGAGUAUGCAGGCCCAUUAUUUGUGUACCUUUGGGCGUAUCAAAGACCAUGGCUUCUGUAUGGAGAGCAAACUUCGACACCUGGAACUGUAGCAAGUAUUGCGGCUAUUUGCUGGUCAGUGCACUAUGCUAAGAGAGUUCUAGAAACUUUGUUUGUUCACCGUUUCUCACAUGGUACUAUGCCCCUAAGAAAUUUGUUUAAAAAUUGUUCAUAUUAUUGGCUGUUUGCAUUAUACAUUGCAUAUCACAUUAACCAUCCCUUAUACACAGCACCGAGUAACAUUUGUGUUUAUGUUGGAUUAGUUGGAUUCACUAUUUGUGAAUUGGGUAAUUUGAGCAUCCAUAUUUUGCUCAAGAACCUCCGACCACCUGGCACCAAGGUCAGGCGCAUUCCUGUCCCAGAUAGCAACCCUUUCUCUCAACUCUUCAACUUUGUGUCAUGCCCCAAUUACACUUAUGAGUUUGGAUCAUGGCUCUUCUUUACAAUCCUGACCAAAUGUGCUCCAGCUGGUAUAUUUGCAGUGGUUGGUUUAUACCAGAUGUCAGUAUGGGCUCUUGGUAAACACCGCAACUACAAGAAGGAAUUCUCUGACUACCCCAAGGGUAGAAAAGCUAUCUUGCCUUUCAUGCUAUAAAAACAUAAUUGUGUAAUCUAAAGUUACGUCACAUUUUAAGGUCAGCAACAUAAAAGUGUAAAGUACGUUUACUUUAUUAAAUGUGAAUGUUUCUGGUA